ACGUAUAUACGGCGCUCUCAGUGAGUGUGGCAGCGCCAACGGGACAGGACAGCGCUUGGCGUUCAGCGGUUAACAUUUCUCGUGCGGCAAAAAAAAAAAUCAUGUCUUUCAGCGGACGCCUCGCACUGGUGACGGGUGGCGCAAGUGGCAUCGGUGCAACCGUCUGCCGAAUUCUGGCUGCCGAAGGCGUGACCAUGGUGGUCGCCGACAAGCAGCUCGAGGCUGCACGCCAAGUGGCCGAGUCCCUGCCAGGCGACGCCAAGCACCAAGCGAUCUACGUGGAUGUCGGCGACACGUCAUCGGUGGAGCAUCUAUUCAAGUGCAUCAGGGACUCGUAUUCUCAGCCGCUCAGCAUAGUCGUCAACUGCGCCGGCAUUCUCCCGAUGGCGCCUCUCGUCGACACCUCUGACGAACUCUUCGACAACGUCAUCAGAGUCAACUUGAAGGGUACAUUCCUGAUCAGCAGAGCCGCCGGUUGGGAGAUGAUACGCUCCGAGAAGGCGUUGCCCGAAGGAGGCGCUGCUAUCGUGAACGUGGGCAGCAUCUCAGCCAAAAGCGGUGGCUAUCUUUGCAGCGCGUACGCCGCUUCCAAAGCCGGAAUCGUGGCUCUGACGAAGUCGGCGGCUCAAGAGCUGGCCAGACACGGCAUCCGCUGCAACGUGGUGCUUCCCGGUUGGACGGACGCGCCCAUGACGGCUCCAGUAGUUGAAAGACACAGAGACAUUGCGAUAUCCCUGACGCCCCUUAAGAGGGCAGCCCAGCCGGAGGAGAUCGCCGAAGCCAUCAAAUUUCUGUGCUCGCCCACCGCCAGCUCAUUUGUGACGGGCGCCGCACUAGAAGUGACCGGAGGAUUCAGCAUGUGAACCUACGAUAAUUCCACAUCAGUGAAGUGAAUGUUAUCAGCUUGUAUACGCAGUUCACUGCAGAACAUCCGUCUCCGGUAGUGGCCAUUAAAACAGAACUAAGAGCAAAAUAUAAAGGUUGUCAUGCACUGUAGUUUUAGAAAGGAAGCAGGUAAAGAAUUAUAAAAUAUUAUUUCAAGUCACUUUCUUAGUGUAAGUUUUUUAAUGAUGUAAUAAAUUUCCAUUGAUUG